CGUCUUUUUUUGUAACCACUUAGAUGGCCGAGGGAGACAAGAAGAAGACUGCUAGAAAGAGGCACGGCAGCCGGAACCCGAUUCUGGCCCGUGGAAUCACCCGUUACUCUCGCUCUGCCAUGUACUCCCGCAGAGCCAUGUACAAGAGGAAAACCAAGACCACGGAAACAAAGACUGAGAAAAAGUUGAAAGUUAAGCCCAGAGCCACCGUCACCAAGACUGUUGGAGGAGACAAGAAUGGAGGCACUCGUGUUGUGAAGCUGCGCAAGAUGCCCCGCUACUACCCCACAGAGGAUGUUCCCCGCAAGCUUAAGAGCCACGGAAAGAAACCUUUCAGCCAGCACAAGCGGAAGCUGCGUGGCUCCAUCACACCAGGAACGGUCCUCAUCCUGCUUACCGGCCGCCACCGUGGAAAGCGUGUGGUGUUCCUGAAGCAGCUCUCAAGUGGUCUCCUGCUUGUCACUGGUCCUCUUGUUGUGAAUAGAGUCCCUCUGCGUAGGGCGCACCAGAAGUUUGUCAUUGCAACAAACACCAAAAUUGACAUCUCUGGUGUAAAAAUCCCCAAGACUCUGUCUGAUGCCUACUUCAAGAAGAAGAGGCUAAGGAAGCCCCGUCACCAGGAGGGAGAGAUCUUUGAUACAGAGAAAGAGAAAUACCAGCUGACAGAGGAGAGGAAGGCAGACCAGAAGACUGUGGACUCUCAGCUCCUCCCCCUCAUCAAGAAGGUCCCUCAGAUGAAAGGCUACCUGCGCUCUUCUUUCUGCCUGACCAAUGGCGUUUUUCCACACAAGCUGGUUUUCUAAAUGAUACAGAAUAAAAAGUACCACAGUCUAACUACA